GUUUGCAAAGCCCGGUCCCUGGCAUUCUUGCUCGUUCUCCCCCGUCUUCUCUCUCUGUGCAUCAGUGAGGGAAAGAGAUAACUACCAUUCUCGCAGCUAGAACAAAUGGCUGUCUUGAUAUCUACGACCACGCUCCCUUCAACUACGACCAAGCUGAGCUCGAAACGUUUCAGCAAUAGCAUGAUACAAGAAAAACCAAUCUCAGAAACUCGUCUUUUCACAGGCUUGAGUAUAGAGAUAAACAAAAAACAAAGCAAGAAACUUUCAUUGGUUAAUUUAGCAGUAAAGCAAAACCAAACAACGAUUGAAACAACUCGGAAAGUUAAUGGGAAAUUUACGCCGAGAAAAGGUGGUAGAAACCCGGUUUUGAGUGAGGGAAGGGAUGAGGAUGAGAACUAUGGCCCUAUUUGUCCUGGUUGUGGAGUCUUUAUGCAAGAUAAGGACCCAGACCUUCCUGGGCAUUAUAGAAAAAGGAGCGUGACAGUCGCAGAGCUGUCAGAGGGUGAGGAGGGCAUGGUGAGUGAGCUAGAGGGGUUUGAAGAUGAAGAAGAAGAAGACGAGGGGUUUGUGAAUGGCAUUGAGGGUGAACUUGAUGAGAGUGAUGAGGAGGAAGGUGAUUUGGAAACGGGGGAUGAGUUUGAUUGGGAUUCUGAUGAAUUGGAAGCUAAGUUAAUGGAGGACGAGGAUGAGGAAAAGCUGGAUUUGGAUGGAUUUGCCCCGGCGGGGGUUGGUUAUGGUAAUAUUAACGAGGACACAAUUGAGAAGGCGAAGAAGAAGAAGGUGCCGAAAGCGGAGAAGAAGAGGAUGGCUAGGGAGGCUCAGAAAGAGAAAGAAGAGGUUACAGUGUGUGCUCGGUGUCAUUCACUGAGGAAUUAUGGGCAGGUGAAGAACCAAACGGCUGAAAACUUGAUACCAGAUUUUGAUUUUGAUAGGUUGAUCGCUACCCGGUUAAUGAAACCCACUGGGAAUGCCAGCACUAUUGUUGUGGUUAUGGUUGUUGAUUGUGUUGAUUUUGAUGGCUCUUUCCCGAAACGGGCAGCAAAAUCGUUGUUUAAGGCAUUGGAAAGAGCCAAAGAUGACCUGAAGCUUGGCAAAAGGUUACCAAAGCUUGUUCUUGUGGCUACAAAGGUGGAUCUCCUGCCAUCGCAAAUUCCACCUGCUAAGUUAGAUAGAUGGGUUCGGCAUCAUGCUAAGGCUGGAGGUGCCCCAAAGCUCAGUGGGGUUUAUUUGGUUAGUUCCCGGAAGGAUUUGGGUGUGAAGAAUCUGUUGUCCUUCAUCAAGGAAUUAGCUGGUCCUCGAGGGAAUGUGUGGGUAAUUGGGGCUCAGAAUGCUGGCAAGUCUACUCUAAUCAAUGCACUUGCAAAGAAAGAAGGGGCAAAAGUUACAAAGCUCACGGAAGCUCCAGUUCCUGGAACAACUCUAGGCAUUUUGAGAAUUGGAGGGAUUUUGUCCGCCAAGGCUAAGAUGUUUGACACUCCAGGACUUCUACAUCCUUAUUUAAUGUCCUUGCGAUUGAACAGGGAUGAGCAGAAGAUGGUGGAAAUACGGAAGGAACUACGACCCCGGACUUAUAGGAUGAAGGUUGGGCAGGCCGUUCACGUUGGUGGUCUUAUGAGGCUAGAUCUUAGUCAAGCUUCUGUGGAAACAAUUUAUGUCACAAUUUGGGCUUCUCCAAAUGUUUCUCUACACUUGGGAAAGAUAGAAAAUGCUGACGAGAUUUGGAGAAACCAUGUUGGUGUUAGGUUGCAGCCUCCCAUUGGCGAAGAACGUGCUUCUGAAUUAGGCAAAUGGGAAGAGAGGGAAGUCAAAGUGUCUGGAACAAGUUGGGAUGUGAAUAGCAUCGACAUUGCAGUGGCUGGUUUAGGUUGGUUAUCUUUAGGUCUCAAAGGUGAAGCUACCUUGACAUUGUGGACAUAUGAUGGCAUUGAAAUUACAUUAAGAGAACCUUUGGUUCUUGACCGAGCGCCAUUUAUUGAGAGACCGGGGUUUUGGUUACCAAAGGCCAUAUCUGUUGCUCUUGGCACCGAAAUUAAAGUCGAAGCUCAGAGAAAGAAAAAGCUUCAGGAGGUGAGUACAGAUUUUCUUUCAGAUGUGUCUGUUUGAAGGAAUCAAGAUCCCUUGCAAUGGAUACCCUUCAAUUGUGAGAGGCUCCGAUGGAGGCUGUUUGUGGCUCACCUACUCGAGCAAGUGAGUCUCAUUGGGGUCUCUUACAAUUGCAGUGAAUCUCCAGCAAUUUGGAGUAAGAGAUAGAUCCCGAUCCUGAUUGAAGAGGGUGAAAAAAAAAAAAGCACAAUUGAUAUGUUACUUUUAAGAGAAAAGGCCACAACCAGUUUGUUACUUUAUCAUUCAAUAGCAUGAUUGAGCUUGAGGCUGUCAAAAGCUGGCCUAGGUAUUGAUAGAAAAAAAUGUUCUCUAGGCUUUCAUUUCUUCAUGUUAUAAAGCAUCCAGAUUUUUGUCAGAUGGGUGCAACUAAGGAUGCAACGUUUCCCAUAUUAAGAGUGGUAACCUAAAUCACUGUUGCUGUUAAACUGAUGGAUCAAUGAAAUCAAGGGAAGAGAGUGUGUAAUUAGUGUUGGAUGAGAUGCUAAUCUUUGUAAAUUCAACGCGAAUGAUUGCACGAUACGAUAUGAAUGCCAGUGUAUAUUAGAGAUAUUGAUUAAAUGAUUUUCUCAUCA